AUGAGAAACUCGUCAAAAUUUGUGUUUUUUCUGCUGCUGCUUGGUGGGAAUGGUUUAAUGAAGUGUUGGAGAUACACAAAUCCGGAUGAUACUUUAACGCAUGAUUCUGAUAUCACUCUAGAAAGCUGUGAUCCGGAUGGUCAUUUUUGCAUGAAAGCCGACUUCUAUCCGCCAGAGAAUUUGGACGAGUAUGUGCCGUGGGCGAUUUAUGGAUGUAGUGAUGAGGUGCUCGAUUUGAGUUGUCAGCAACCAGGAUCUUACAAUCUCACAAAUUAUCGUAUCUCAAAUCCUGCUCAAUUCGGCUCGCCAAACGUCGUGUCAGAUAUCUUCUAUCGAGUCGAAAUAAACUGCUGCAACAACGCCGACUACUGCAACUCGGCUCAAAUCUCGAUUUUCUCGGUUUUCCUCGCGACAAUCAUUUCACUAAUCACUUUGAUUUUAAAACAA